UCACUGGAUCCUCUACGCCAAACUUCCUGGUGUCCAACAUAUCAAGUCGGAACCCAAUGUCCAGAAAACUCAUUUAUCUUCUACUAUAAGUGCUGUGGCCAUCUACACAAAGAAUGUUGUUCCCAUCUACGAGUUUGGGUCCUCGUGCUCAUAAUCGCCCUUCCACUUUUAUUCAUUGUACCCCCUGUGGUAUAUCUGAUGCGUCGAAUAUUCUGUAAAGCUGAUCAUCGACCGUAUUCUGCUGGUAUUCAAAUGACGACACGAGAACAAAGAGAAUCUCGAAGGGAUACCAGAUAG